UUUUCCCGCCCAAUCUCUUCUCUCCGAUUUAUUUUCUCUCACUUCACUCCAGAAACUCAACUAAAAAAUGGGAACCCUAAUUUCCCAAAUCAGUCAACUACUAGAUCAAACUCUAAGUCCAGAUAAUUCAGUAAUAUCUUCUGCAACCGAAACCCUAGAUCAUCUUUCCCUUCUUCCUGAAUUUCCUUAUGCUUUAAUCGCAAUUACUACUGGAGGUGAAAGUCAAGGGCAGAAAAUAGCUGCCGCAACUUACUUAAAGAACUUUACCAAACGACAUAUUGAUUCAUCAAAAACCAGUGUUGACUUUAGAAAUCGGUUUGUUCAAGCUUUACUUCAAUCUGAACCAGCUGUAUUGAAAAUCUUAGUUGAAGCUUUUCGCCUUAUAGUUGUGAAUGAGUUUAUUAAGGAGAAUUCAUGGCCUGAACUUGUACCUGAAUUGCGAUCGGUUAUACAAAAUAGUAAUCUCGUUAAUGAAGGUGGAAAUUCACAGUGGAGUACUAUCAAUGCUCUUACUGUUCUUCAAGCUAUUAUUAGACCGUUUCAGUAUUUCUUAAACCCCACAAUUCCAAAGGAGCCGGUACCACAGCAGCUACAGCUUAUAGCAAAGGAAAUUCUCGUGCCUUUGCUUGCAUUAUUCCACCAUCUUGUGGAAAAGGCUUUGUCAGCACCUGGCGGACUAGAAAUGGAAAUUGAAAGAGUCCUUUUCAUAAUAUGCAAGUGCAUUUAUUUCUCUGUGAGGUCAUAUAUGCCAGUGGAUUUGCUUCCUCUUUUGCCUUCUUUUUGUCUGGAUAUAUUUCGGAUUCUGGAUUCCUUUAGCUUUGAUGGUACUAGCUUAGACGAUUGUUACUUGCUAAGACUGAAGACUGGAAAGAGAAGCUUGCAAAUCCUGUGUGCUUUAAUCACCCGACAUCGGAAGCACACCGAUAAGUUGAUGCCUAAUAUUGUCAAUUGUGUCUCCAAAAUAGUUAAGGAGAGCAGUAAUAUUAGUAAGCUUGAUUUCUUAUCGGAGCGGAUUAUUGCUUUAGCUUUUGACGUUGUUUCACAUGUUCUUGGGACAGGCCCGGGAUGGAGAUUAAUUUCACCCCAUUUUUCUUCAUUACUUGAGGCAGCAAUCUUCCCAACUCUAAUAAUGAACCAGAAGGAUAUCUUAGAGUGGGAAGAGGACGCAGACGAGUAUAUGAGCAAGAAUCUUCCAUCUGAUUUGAAAUUUAUGGAUGGGAAUUUUACGGCGAGGAAAAGUGCAAUUAACUUACUCGGUGUUAUUACGAUGGCGAAGGGACCUCCGACAGCCUCUUCAUCCUCAACAAAACGCAAGAAAGGUGACAAAAGUAAGGGAAAAGCACAAGCCAGUUCCAUUGGGGACUUGUUAGUGCUACCCUUCUUGUCAAGGUUCCAGAUUCCGUCCGGUUCUUCUCCUUAUUACAAUUAUUACGGCGUUCUGAUGGCUUAUGGUUGCCUGCAAGAUUUCCUAAGAGAGCGGAGUCCUUUUUACACAACUAAUCUGCUCCGUAGUCGGGUGCUGCCAGUAUAUUCGCUAUUUCCAUGUGUACCCUACUUAGUUGCCAAUGCAAACUGGGUACUCGGAGAACUUGCGAACUGUCUUCCUGAAGAAAUGGAGGCUGAGGUGUAUGAGGCCUUGCUAAAAGCAUUAGUUAUUCCUGAUAUGGAAGAUGUCUCAUGUUAUCCUGUCCGAGCUUCCGCUGCCGGGGCUAUUGCUGAGCUUCUUGAAAAUGACUACUUUCCACCUGAGUGGUUGCCAGUCUUGCAAGUUGUGGUUAACAAUAUUGAUAAUGUAGACGACAGUGAUUCUUCCAAUUUGUUCGAUCUGUUGCGUACUCUAGUGGAGGUGGGAGACGGAGGAGUUGCUAUCCACAUUCAAUAUGUUGUAUCAUCCCUAGUGCAGACAAUUUCAAAGCACAUACCUCCAACUCCAGAGCCAUGGCCUCAGGUAGUGGAACGGGGAUUUGCCGCAUUAGCUGUUAUCGCUCAGACGUGGGAGGAUUCUGAGCCAGAAGAAAUUGAAGAGGACGAAUCAAGUGACGAGUGGAUAUCUGGUCGUUCUACUAUUGCAAGAGCAUUUUCAGUUCUCUUACAGCAGGCUUGGCUCAAUCCUGUGCAGCUAGUGGAUGGAGAGAUUUCCUCGUUGCCCCCUUCAUCAUGCAUAGGUGAUGCAUCAAAAUUGCUCUGGUUCAUUGUGAGAUCUGUGGAUAAAAGCAAUACAGUCUUAGAUCUUAAAGUAUCAGAACUGUUGAAGGUUUGGGCUGGUGUUAUUGCGGAUUGGCAUGCUUGGGAAGAACUUGAAGAUUUGUCAAUCUUCGAAUGCAUUGCAGAAGUUAUCAACUUACACAGAAAAUGUGAAAUAAAGAACUUCAUUGUUGGAAGCGUACCAUCUCCUCCAGCCCCACCAGUUCACAGUAGUUCUAUAGUUGAAGGGAUUGGUGCCUUCGUAUAUGGAGCCAUCUCUGAAUACCCGUCUGCAACUUGGAGGGCUUGUUCAUGCAUGCAUUCUCUACUGCAUAUUGCAACGUUCUCAGUUGAAGCUGAAGGUGUCAAGCAGUCUUUGGUAAUUGCUUCUAGUCAGGUGGCGUUCUCUCGUUUUAAAGAUAUUCAAAGCAAGCCAGUUCCACUGUGGAAGCCUCUAUUGCUUCUUUUAUCAUCUUGCUAUUUGUGUGACCCCAGUUUGGUGGAAAAGAUUUUAGAGAAGGCUAUGGAGAACGGCUUUACUGUUUGGGUGUCUGCUUUAAUGCAUAUUGCCUCGGAAGAUUUUGAACCAGCUCUAUCAGCUGGCUCGGAGAUUAAAUUACUUGUUAUGACACUGACAAAGGUUGUCGAGCGACUGGUUGUAUGUUUUGCUGGUAACCCAGACAGUAGAUUGCUGCAAAAUUGCUUUGUUUCAUUAUUGGAAGCCACCUUACAACUUAACCAAGAUGACGUAGAAGACGACGAAAAUGAGGAUGAUGACGCAGAUAAUGAUGAUGAUGAUGACGGCGGCGACAAGACCGAAGAUGAUGAUGAGGAUUCCGAAGAUGAGGAGCUUGAAGAAACAGAAGAAGAGUUCAUGGAACGGUAUGCCAUUGAAGCUCUUAACUUGGAAAGUGCAGUAAUUACAGAAGAUGAUGAUAUUGAAGGUCAAUGCCAGGAGGACAUUGAGUUGGGUGUUUUCGGCGAAGUUGAUCCUCAAAGUGCAGUGCUUUCUCUUAUAGAGAGAUACCACCAGGUUCUCAUAAAAGGACAUAUAUUGCCUGCUCAGACUGUCAACGAUUUCCUAACUGCAUUUCCUCAGUACACUUCACACUUCCAAAAUUUGUAACCACCAAAUGUGUACUGUACCGAAUGUAGUAGAGUUACAGAUUGAAAUUCUUUAUGCAGUUUGGUAACAAUUUUCUUGCGUGGUUUUAAGUAAUUCCGAGAACUAUCUCAUCUCAUUCUUUCAAACUUCUUAGAGUGAUAUUCUUUCUUGUUUGAUUGGUUUCGGACACUUUGUAACAUAAUAAUUGAUUUACUCAGAAUACAUUCAAUCUUCAUAUUGAACAGCUUAAGCUUCUUGGCUAA